AUGUUCUAUUGCUGCUAUUGUUGCAAGCAGCAAAGAGGAAGGAGAAAUGAGGGUGACAUGACAAGGAUGACAGCUCAAGCUUUUGAAGAGGGCAGCAAAAAGCUUGGUGAUGUGAUAAGCAAGAGCAGUACCACACAGGGUACUGAGCUGAGAAUGUGGCUUGAGGUUGCAGCUCUGAUUUCUCUUGCUGUAUGCUUGGCUGGGGAUGAAGCAACCACUGAUGAAGGAAUCCCCUGCUCAAAGUACCAGCUUGCUUUCAACCAUUCAUGUUAUGAGUUUGUUAGACUCCAGCGUACCUUCACAGGUGCCCAGAGCUGGUGUGAGAGAGGAGGGGGGCACCUUGUCUUUAUUGAAAACCAAGAAACUCAAGAGUUCUUGCAAAAACAUAUUGCUGAGGAUCAGGAAUGGUGGAUAGGACUGAUCUCAAACCCCCAGCUGAAUGAAACUACUGACGGGUCAGUGAUUUGGCUGGACACUUCAAAUAUAAGCUACAGCAACUGGUACAAGGAUCAGCCAUCUCUCCUCUCAUCCACAUGUGGGCACAUCCUGAAGAAUGCCAAGUAUCAGUGGGGUGUGACUGAAAACUGCAGCCAGGAAUUUGACUUCAUUUGUGAGUUUGAAUCUGGCCAGACCAUUGCUUGUGAUAAUUACAAUGCCACUCUACAGUGUGGAUCAGGAGAAGUUAUUCAAAUUGGAGAGAGCUUCUAUGGACGGCAGACCCCUCACUACUGUGUGCUGGAGACUCCUCUCCAGUUUGAUACAGAUGGAGGUUGCAGCUGGAUUGAUGUCAAAGAUGAAGUAGCAGGCCAGUGUCAUGGUCUUCAGGCCUGCCAGGUGGCAGCAGAUGGCAAUGUCUUUGGAGAUCCUUGUCCAGCUUCUGGAAACUAUUUAUCUAUUCAAUACCACUGCAAAGAAGGUCUGCAGCUGGUUGUACCAGAUGAAUGCUUUGUCUUUGAAAAUAUCACAGUCAGUUUGAACUGGCUGCUCUCUCCAUCCUCUGGCAACCUUUCCUGCAUCAUUAGCACAGGAGAUGGCCACACUAUUGAUCCUUACUACCCUCUAACACUGAUCAGCAACGUCACGUAUAGAUAUUCAGUUCCUGGAGAGUUUACUGUUUUUGUGGAAUGCACCACCAGCGACUGGCACGUGAUGGCACAGAAGAGGGUGACAGUUCUGGACAGGAUGGAUCAGCUAAGAAUUACUGGGUGCUACAGCCAGCAUGGAUCUGGGAACAUCUCCCACUGCCGGACAUUGUAUGGGAACUUGUUGUGGAUUCAAGUUGAAGUCAGUGGAGGCAAUGGAGUGACCUAUGUUGUAAGAGCAGAAAACGUGACACUCACUGAAUCCAGUGCAAAGGAAGGAAUUGUCCCUCACAAUCUGACACUGGACCGAGCCUCCCAGGAGCUGCUGGGUCCAGGAAUGCAUCAACUGGAAAUCAGAGCUUCCAGCAACACAACCUCAUCGGAGAUCUCUGAGACUAUUGCUGUUCAAUUAAUUGAGCCAGUUUCUGGUCUUCAGGCUGCAUUAGCUUCUCACAUUCUGCAGCUGGGGGAGAAUUUGGAGAUAAAUGUCUCUGCAUCUCAUGGUGCCCCAGAUAAGAUGAGGUUUGAGGUGAUUGGAUCUAAUGAAACUCACUCUCACAACGAAGAUGGCCCUCACAGGGAAUCCCAAACGUACAGCAUUCCUGUGCACUCUGAAGGUACUUUUCUUGUAAAAGUGGUGGCCAUGAACACCUUCUCAAACAUGAGUCUGGAUCUUGGGUUCAUCACUGUGUUGUCAAACAGUUCUCAUAAAAAAGAUUCUGCUAAGGAAGAAGACAGAUCCAAAACAAAUAUCCAAAAGACAAUUGCUCACAAAAGAAAAACCAAAAUACAUAUUAACCUGAGUCGUCAUGUGGAUCCUUUCACAACUGUUACACUUGGCUGGCCAGACAACAACAGUAAUUCCAGUUUUCUCUGGUCCUGUGGAGCUUGCUGGCCUAAGUGGAAUGAAUGUGUGCAGCAACAGAUAAUCCUGACCAACCAAAGUGAGGUGCAGAUUCCACCCUUCUGCCUUCCUCCUCCAAAGUCAGCAGUGACGGUCAGGGUCACAGUCCGAAACCAUGGCAGUGAAGAAAGGCAGGAUGAGCAAUGUCUCUACGUGACUGCAAAACAAGAACUGCAACUGAAAAUCAGGUGUGAAGCAAACUGCAAGCCCGUGAAUGACAGUGAUGAAGUUGUUCUGAGUGUCUUUGGCCAAAAUGACACCCAGGCCAUGUACUAUAACUGGUAUUUAGAUAACACACUCCAAACCAAGCCUACAACCCUCCCUCUAGCCUGUGGCCUGGUUGGUUUCCGGCAGAACUCUUUGAGUUUGCUUCAAAGCAACACAUCCACGUUGAAAAUCAACAGCUCCUUCUUGCAGGCACAGGGAGAAGCUUUUCAGAUUAAAGUAACAGCAAUGACUCAGUAUAGCUAUGGAGAGGAAACCUACCUUGUCAGCACCAUUCCUCCACCCAGUGUCCCCAGCUGUGCUGUGGCUCCCAAGCAGGGAUCAGUGCUCACCACUUUCAGAGUCUCCUGCAGCUCUCCUUGUUUGGUGGAUUCAUGCCAACCCAGUCCUAACAGGCAGCUCACAUACUGCUUCUAUCUGAAAUCAAGCUCCCUCCUGCACUGUGGCCCAGAUCCUGAACUCUUCCCAGUUUAUCUUCCACUUGGAGAAGAGGAAAAUAAUUUUGUUUUACAUCUGACCAUUACUGUUAGCAACAGAUACGGUGAUACAGUUCAAACCAAUGCUUCAGUGAAGGUUGGACAUGCAGGUACAAUUGAUGGCAACCUGACCCUGCAGGCUAUUGUAUCUGAGAAGACAAACACCAUCCUAAAAGAUGGGAACAACAGCAUGAGUCUUUUCCAGUUGUACAAGUCAGUGACAUCUGUCCUUAACCUGGAGACCCAGGAGGAAAACUUUAACAGGUCUUCACAGCUGGGCAUGCGAAAAGAGCUCCGACAACUGAUGCUGACAACUCUCUCUGCUGUUAAUGUAACAUCAGUGCAGACUGCUCUUAAGAUGUCAGAAGUACUGAAAGAAAUCACUUACAGGAGUGAGGAGCUAUCUGUCUCCGCACAGGUGGAAGCCAGCAGCACUCUGAAAGAUGUCAGUGCUUCCUUGCUCUCUGUAAAAACAGAGGGCAGCAGAGAUGAGCAGAAGCUAAAAGAUGCAGCCAACCACCUAUUUAAUGCAGUAAGCAAUGUCCUUAAAGCUUCUGUAGAAACCAGAGCUACAAACACUUCAGUAUCAGAAGGCAAACAGAUCCCAUUCUCUCCCCUCCUUUUGCCACAUAUUUCAAGGAAGCCACAGAGCUCAGUGUCACACCAGCUCCUGAAUACAGUUGAAAAUCUCCAGAGUGCCCUUCUGUCUGCGAAAGAACCCAAUGAUGAACCAACAGUCCUCACCACUCCUUCUGCCACAAUGUACAUACACAGAUUACAAACAGAAACCAUGGAUAAUGGUACAUCCAUUAAUAUCUCCAAUUCCAGCUCUGCCAGCUUUACCCUCCCACCUGCUUCCUCUCUCAGUGUUUCAGGACUUGAUGAUGAAACAGUGGAUAUAAGGAUGGUGAGCUUUGCUGUGAAUCCCUUUGUCUCCAGUGACACCAGUUUUGACAUCAGUGGAACAGUGGGAGGUCUAAGUCUUACUGGUCUGGAUGGUUUGAUCAUACCUGUCAGCAAUCUCAAAGAAAACAUUGAGAUAAUGUUACCAAGGAUUUCAGCAACUCAGGAAGACAAGACUCUGUUGAAUCUGGGCAACUUUAGCACUUUCCUAGUCAAUGUCACCUCAGAGAAUACAUCUGUAGUGAUCCACCUGGAAUCUGAACAUGAUAUUCCACUAAUACUCUACUUAGGAUUUGGUUAUCAUCCAAAUGAAACUAAUUAUGAUAUGAAAAAUCAUCUGUUCUGUAAGAAAACUACUGGAGGUGAGACAAACACCUGGGUUCUUAGCCCAGAAGAACUAAUUUUUGGAGAGGGAACCUACUAUUUUAUGGUUUUACAAGAUAUGGGAAUGGAUUCCACAGUCUAUGACAGUCUAACUAUAGCUGUCACUUGCUUUGCAUCUCGCUGUGUAUUCUGGGAUGAGCACCAGAGGAACUGGAACAGCUUUGGAUGUCAUGUAGGACCAAAAACAAAUCCUGGAAGGACACAGUGCCUUUGCAACCAUUUGACCUUCUUUGGGAGCUCCUUCUUUGUCAUACCCAAUGCCAUAGAUGUUAGCAAAACUGCACAGCUAUUCAGUACAUUUGUGGACAACCCUGUGGUGGUCACAACUGUGGGAUGCAUCUUUCUGAUAUAUGUGUUGGUAGUUAUAUGGGCUCGAAGGAAAGACAUCCAGGAUGAGGCCAAAGUGAAAAUCACAGUGUUGGAAGACAAUGACCCCUUUGCUCAGUACUGUUACCUGGUGACAGUUUUUACAGGACACCGCCGUGGGGCAGCCACAACCUCCAAGGUGACUCUCACCCUCUAUGGAGUGGAAGGAGAGAGUGAGCCACACCACCUGACUGACCCUGAUAUACCAAUCUUUGAACGUGGAGGAGUGGAUGUUUUCCUGCUCUGCACUUUUUUCCCUCUUGGAGAACUGCAGAGUAUUAGAUUGUGGCAUGACAACUCAGGGGACAGUCCCUCCUGGUAUGUGAAUCGAGUAUUGGUCCAUGAUCUAGCAUGGGAUCAGAAAUGGUACUUCCUCUGUAACUCUUGGCUAGCUGUUGAUAUUGGGGAAUGUGUCCUAGAUAAAGUGUUUCCAGUUGCUACAGAACAGGACAUGAAACAGUUCAGCAAUCUGUUUUUCAUGAAGACCUCAAAGGGUUUCCAGGAUGGGCACAUCUGGUACUCAGUUUUCAGCCGCUCCCCACGAAGCUCCUUCACUCGAGCCCAGCGUGUGUCAUGCUGCUUCUCCCUGCUUCUCUGCACCAUGCUGACCAGCAUCAUGUUCUGGGGAGUGCCAAAGGAUCCAGCUGAGCAGAAAAUGGAUUUGGGUAAGAUUGAAUUCACAUGGCAAGAAGUGAUGAUUGGCUUUGAGAGCUCUCUCCUCAUGUUCCCCAUCAACCUGCUCAUUGUGCAGAUCUUCAGGAACAUACGACCCCGGCCAGCCACGCAGGAGAGAGAAAAGAAGCUGACAAAGAAUGGUCGAGUGUUCCCGAGCCUACCUCCCAGCCCACAGGGCCCCGAGGCUGCUCCACUCACUCCAGAAGCUGUGACAAAGGACAUAAGAAGAAUUGCCAACUCUCUCUUUAAAGCCCUGAAGACUCCGUCUCAAAGUUCAGGAUCAGAUCUUGGAAAGUCAACUAACAUCAACACACUCUUGGCAUUGGUUGAGGACAUCAUCUGCCAGCAGAACAGAGCUGGACAAGAGUUUUAUGAUGAGAGCAAAAAGAAGGAUGACCCUAUAAUUGUCACAUUAGGUGCUACAGACAUACAAGAUAAAACAAGAAGCCCAACUCCAGACAAGUGUGAGAGACUGAAAUGCAGUGAGUACAACCGCUGCCUGUACAUCCAACUCCAGCAUCUAGAGAUGGAGCUGGAAUUACUGGGGCCCCACAAAUUCCAGAUGCCCCAGAGUUACACACAAGCUGUUCAGCAGGUUCAGCACAUGAAAAACCUCCUGGAAAACCAGAUCUGCUCAGCAACAUCCACCAGCAAGAGGUGGUCCCUUACUCCAAGCUUCUCUGGUGAUGGCAAGAAAAGUUCUUCUUCCAAAGGGCUGCCUUGGUGGUUUGUGUUCAUUGCUUGGUUCCUUGUUGCAGCCACCAGUGGUGUAUCUGGGUUCUUUACCAUGCUCUAUGGGCUGCAUUAUGGCAAGGAGAACUCCAUCAAGUGGUUGAUUUCCAUGGUCAUCUCCUUCUUGGAAAGUCUUUUCAUCACACAGCCCUUAAAGGUCCUGGGAUUUGCUGCUUUUUUUGCUCUGGUUAUGAAGAAGGUGGAACACGAGGAUGAAGAAAACACACCUAUUGAUGGACCUUUAUCUACAUUAGGUGAUUUAAAUCUUUUCUUUGGAGCCCGAAGGGACAGCAGAAGCAAUAUUUACCAGCCCCCCCCUGCAGCUGAUGUGGAGAAAAUGAAAAUCAGCUGCAUAAAGGAGCAGAAAGCAUUUGCCCUCAUCAGAGAAAUUUUGGCCUAUCUGGGGUUUUUAUGGAUGCUGUUACUCGUUGCCUAUGGGCAGAGAGAUCCUAACUCCUACUACUUAAACAAACACAUUGAGAACAGCUUUACAGAUGGAUUCCACGAUGUCUACAGUUAUCAGGAUUUUUUCACAUGGGCAAACACUACCUUAAUCAAAAACCUUUAUGGAUCAUACGAAGGAUUCAUUACAGAUGGCAAUUCCAAGCUGGUGGGUAGUGCUCGAAUUCGCCAAGUAAGAGUGAAAGGAGGCACCUGCCCUAUUUCUCCCCAGCUCCAGCAUGUGAUUCAGGAAUGUCAUGCUCCAUAUUCCCUACACACAGAAGAUACAUUAGAUUAUGGGGAACACUGGAAUGCUUCAGUCUUCGAUAACUCCUCUGACCUGAGCUCAGCAUGGCAGUAUCAAAGCCAGUCCAAACUGAGAGGGCAGCCCAGCUGGGGUAAACUUGCCAUCUACAGGGGAGGAGGAUACGUGAUCCACCUGGGAACAGAUCCUAAGAAUGCUUCCAGAAUUCUCCAGUACCUUUUCAACAACAUCUGGCUGGACACCUUCACAAGAGCAGUGUUUGUUGAAUUUACAGUCUACAAUGCCAAUGUGAACCUGUUCUGCAUUAUAAGCCUGAUGUUUGAAACCAAUGCUUUAGGCGCCUUCUUCACAAGUGCAGAGUUACAAAGUGUUCGGCUUUACCCCUACACCGGCAGCCUCCACAUCUUUGUGGUUGCAGCAGAAAUAAUUUAUUUCCUCUUUGUUGUGUACUACAUGAUAGUCCAGGGAAAAGAGAUGAAGGCUCUGAGAUGGAGAUACUUCCACAACAAGUGGAAUCUCCUGGAGAUAGCCAUUAUAUUGAUUAGCUGGAGUGCCCUGUCGGUGUUUGUGAAGCGGACAAUCCUUGGGACCCGAGACAUCAGCUACUACCAGGAACACAAAGAGGACUGUGUAAGCUUUAAGGAAACAGCAAGAGCUGAUGCAGUUCUUGGCUACCUGGUUGCAUUCCUAGUGCUUCUCUCCACAGUGAAACUGUGGCAUCUCCUGAGGCUCAACCCUAAACUGAACAUGAUCACUUCAACUCUAAGGAGGGCAUGGGGUGAUAUCUCUGGAUUCCUCACUGUUAUUGCAAUCAUGUUCCUUGCCUAUUCCAUUGCUACAAACCUGAUGUUUGGCUGGAAGCUCUCUUCUUACAAAACUCUCUUGGAUUCAGCAGAGACCAUGGUCAGUCUUCAGCUGGGAAUCUUCAACUAUGAGGAGGUCUUGGACUACAAUCCAAUUUUAGGCUCCUUCUUAAUUGGAUCCUGCAUCAUUUUCAUGACGUUUGUGGUACUGAAUCUGUUCAUUUCGGUGAUUCUCGUUGCAUUUAGUGAGGAGCAGAAGCACUACCAGGCUUCAGAGGAAGAGGAGAUCGUUGAUUUAAUGCUCAUGAAACUUUUCAGUUUCUUCGGUAUUAAAUGCAAGAAGGAAGAGAAGCUCAUCACUAACGACCAACCAGAAGAAUGUGCCAACAAUUAAAUGAUAAUCACCAUGAAAAGUGGCUUAGUUUGUGGCCGAAAGCUUCACUUUUCAACCAUCA